CCUUUGACGAGCUGCGACGCGGUCCGGAAGGCUGCAGCCUGGGGAAUAGUCCAGUUAUAACCAUGAUUUUGUUGUGAGAAUCGGAACAGCCUAGUUUGAAGUUAUUUCUCAGGACAGGUUGGAGCUGGAAGGGUCUGUAUCCCUGAGGGUGCAGUUCUAGCUGCUGCGGAUUGGAAACUUCGCCAAAACCACUUAGUACUGAGGACACUUAUUGUUUCAAGUAACGAGAAGCCUGGACACAGGGUGGAUUCCAGGGCUGCUAAGUUCAGAGGCUCGACAAGGGCAUCAAAGACCCGCUUUUCAGUCCAUCUGCCUUCAGGCUGGCAGGCCUCAUGGUCACAAGGAGGCUGCCUGGGCUCUGGACAUUACAGACGGGCCCAGCAGUGACAGGAACGGGAGACGCGGUCUCUUCCUUGUGUCUCCUUUUAAGAGAGGGAAGCCAUAUCUAGAUAACCCCUGCAGGGUCCCCUCAGGCCUCCUUCCUAAACCAAUCCUGGGAGGUCCCUGUGAGCCACGACUGCCAGGACUGAGUCCUGAUGCCAGCGCGAGCCCAGGUGACCGGCAUUGUAGACAGCGCAGGGGUUAGAAUGUGGACUGUGGAGAACGUGGGGGACACUCUCCUGUUGCCGCGGCCACCACAGACACAUUUGGGUGCUGAGGGAGUGAGGCCGCGGGGGCUGGGAAGGGACCUGUACAUGGGGGACAGCAGGCGAACGUCACUCCGGAACCAGCCCAGCUCUGAGGCUGAAGGCAGGUCGGAAAGGGAGCUCAGCAGUGACCCCCGUGGCCUCCAGAGCUCUGUGUACGAGAGCCGGCGGGCCACAGACCCCGAACACCAGGACCCGGACAAUGCGGAGCUGGGACCGGAGGACCCGGAAGAGGAGCUUCCCCCCGAGGAGGUGGCCGGGGAGGAGUUCUCGGAGACCCUGGAUCCCAAAGAGGCUCUUUCUGAGUUGGAGGGAGUUCUGGGCAAGGACUUAGAGGAGGACAUUCCUGAAAUCAGCCGGCUGUCCAUCAGCCAGAAGCUCCCCAGCACCAUCAUGGCCAAAGCAAGGAGGAAGAGGAGGCGGAGGAGGCUCAUGGAGCUGGCAGAGCCCAAGAUAAACUGGCAAGUCCUGAGAGACAGGAAGGGAUGCUGUGGUAAGGGGUAUGCCUGGAUUUUCCCAUGCAAGAUGAGCUUACGGUUCUGUCUCUACUGGCCCUCUGUGUACUGGACCGAGCGGUUCCUUGAGGACACCACCCUCACCAUCACAGUGCCCGCAGUGUCCCGCCGAGUGGAGGAACUGUCUCGGCCCAGGAGAUUCUACCUGGAAUAUUACAACAACAACAGGACUACUCCUGUCUGGCCCAUUCCUCGGUCCUGCCUGGAAUACCGAGCGACGAGUCGCCUGAAGGAACUGGCCGCCCCGAAGAUUCGUAACAACAUCUGGAGCGUGCCCAUGUCUGAGGUGUCCCAGGUAUCCAGGGCAGCCCAAACGGCAGUCCCCAGCUCACGGAUCCUCCAGUUGUCAAAGCCAAAGGCCCCAGCCACCCUGUUGGAAGAGUGGGACCCCAUGCCGAAACCCAAGCCACAUGCGUCAGACUAUAACCGCCUCCUUCACUUGGCCAGGCCCAAAGCUCAGUCGGACAAGUGUGUUCCUGACCGAGAUCCUCGCUGGGUGGUGCUGGAUGUCACCAAGAAGGUGGUGGCCAGCCCCCGGAUCAUCUCCCUGGCCCAGCCCAAAGUGCGCAAGUGCCUCAACGAGGGCCACAACAGGCGUCCCCUCGCCUCUAUGAGCUUGCCACCCCCAAAAGCAUCACCAGAAAAGUGUGAUCAGCCCAGGCCUGGCCUCUAA